AUGGCAGACGAAAGCAAUCUAGCGACGAAGGACGCAGCACAAUCUACCGACCAUGUCGACGAUUUAUUCGAUUACGAUGUUGGUCUCGACGGAAUACUCCAGGAAGUCAGCACGAACUCGGGCGGCGUAAAUGUGCCGAAGCAACCUGCUCCACCCGGUAACUCUGGAGUAGUCCUAGGUUUAGAUGAGGAGGUCAAAGUCGCUAAAAAGAGACAGCCUGUUGCCAAACUGGACGAGAAUAGACUGCUCACACAAGCUGGGAUACCGAAACUGCGGCGCUCAGCGAGGCAGAACCUGAAGCUUAAAGGGAAAGGGCACGAGUUUUCUGAUUUGGCUCGCCUCCUGAACUUUUAUCAGCUAUGGCUCGAUGAUCUUUUCCCCCGUGCGAAAUUUGCCGAUGGUUUGGCUAUUAUUGAGCGACUGGGCCAUUCUAAGCGCCUUCAGACUAUGCGCCGAGCAUGGAUAGAGGAAGAGAAACCCUGGUCGGCGAACGACGCCACGUCAGAUCCAACGCAAAUAACACUCCGAGAUGAUAACACCUCGAACAAUGUCGACUCAGGGGCUGACACCAAUCAAUUAAUACAAAGCGAUAUCUCGCAGCCGUCUGGGCGAUCAGAUGAUAUAGACGAGCAUUUGUUUAUGGCGGAUAACACUGACCAUCAGCAGUCUGCGGGAGAUAAUGGUGUUCCACUCGAUGAUGACGACCUCGAUGAACUGGAUACUUUAUUAAGAGAACAUACAGAUGGGACUGAUAUUCGAAACACUGCUUCAAUUGAGACGACGGAUAAUGGAUAUGUUCCGCCGUAUGACGAUGGUUUUGGCGGGGGUGGACGCUUUGCUGAGAGAACAUGA